AUGAAAAGAUCAUUAAAAGAGAGCAGGGAUUACGUCGUUACAAUAGACAAUGGAGGAAAUGAUUGCAUGGACAAACAAGGAAAGCAAUCGCCACAGCCACUGAAAGCCAAUAUUGAGAAACAAGCAACGUCAUCGUCGUCAACGGAUGCGAAAGACGGUUCAUCUUCAUUGACCACAGCUGGACCUUGCUCAUCCAAUAUCAUUUCACCAGAUGCGACUCCGCUGCUUUCAGCAACUUAUGAGAACGGCUGCCACGACACCAUUGUUGACGACAGUGAAAACGAUGUGCCAUCACCAGCCACGGCAUUGGGUGGCUACCAUAAUGCUGUGACACUUGUAUUUGAGAAAGCCCCAUUACACAAAGCACCAAGAUUGCACAAGGAACGCCCAGAUAGAGUUGAAUGGAUUCGACAAGGCUUACAGAACGAAGGAUUAUUGGACAAAUGCCACGUGCUGCAAGACUAUGAAUCCCGAAACAUUGAAUGCGACAAAAGGACUGGUAGCCGCAAUCAAAAGAGACAACGGACAACAGUUCAAGAAAACGUAUUUGAAAUGGUACAGAAAGUGCACUCACCUGGAUUUGUCAAGCGCAUGCAAAAGCUGAAGGACUUUGCUGGGUGCCUGAAAGAAGAAGCUCACCAAUACGACUCGGUUUACCUAACACCACAUUCAUGGACCAGUGCCCUCCAAUCGGUGUCUUCCCUAUGCAAACUUGUAGACCAUAUACUACUACCAAUGGGAGAAAUCGAACUGUCCAAAUUUUCACUACCCAGCAACAAGAAACCGGUUCGAUUUGGUUUUGCCUGUAUUCGACCACCUGGGCAUCACGCUUCCAGUAGUCUUGCCAAUGGAUACUGUCUGAUCAACCAUGUAGCGGUUGCAGCAACUUAUGCCCUCGAAUAUUUUGGCGGUCGAUUUGGAGAUGCGGAACUUGUACAGGAUGAGAGCCCAAAGUCAUCACCAAAGAAUUCCUACCCUUUUCUUCGAAAUCCAAAGCCACAACGCAGGGUGGCCAUUCUGGAUUGGGAUAUUCACCAUGGCGAUGGCACGCAGUCAAUUUUUUGGAACGAUCCAAAUGUAUUGUUCUGCUCCAUUCAUGCCCAGAAAGCCUUUCCUUUUGUGUCUGGAUCAUCUGCUAAAUCCGUUGGUGGACCAAACGCUUUUGGAAGAACAGUCAAUGUAGCAUGGACAUCUCACGGUAUGGGCGACAACGAAUACGUGUAUGCUUUGCAAACACUGAUAUUGCCAAUCUUGCAAGAGUUUCAGCCCACUCUUAUAUUGAUCAGUGCUGGGUUUGAUGCGGCAACCGGUGAUUCUUAUUGUGGCAACUUGAGUCCAGUCAAUGGCUUUGGAAGAAUGACAACGGAAAUCCUACGCGUUGCAACCGAAAUGGACUGUCCCGUGAUUGCUAGUCUAGAAGGAGGGUACAAACAAUCAGUAUUGGUACCAUGCGUUGCCAGUGUGGUCCAAUCCAUGGUGGUUUUCGGCGAAGAAAGUAUCAUGACUCGAAAUGAAAAUGACGAGAGGAACUUUCUGAAAGGCUUUGCCAAUGAUGCCUUGGUUGGAACGACUAGUAGUAUCAACCACGCCAUCACUGGAUCAAUAGCCUCGUCUAUAGAUGGCGUUUGUCCGACUGCCGUGAAGAAUAUUGAAGCGACGCGAGCAGCUCAACAGCAGUUUUGGAAAUGUCUCUCGGUCAACCAUCUAAAGCAAGAAAGAUAG